AUGCCUCCACCCCUUUACCAAUCCACUCCUAUAAAUCGGGAUAACAGGAAACGUCAUCUUGAUGUGAACGAUUAUGGGCACGAAGAAUGGAGACAAGGUUUUCGAAUGAUGGAAGGUGGAUGCAUGCCUGAUAUGUCUAAACCGAAUGCGGACGUAUACUCGAAUAUGGGCUAUCCACCCAGCGGAGUUGGAUUUUACCCUGGAAUGAUGAUGCCUGGAAUGCAGCAGCAACCUAUCAAAACUGUGGGACCUGGAUUUCCCCAAGGAUAUUCCAACAACGCUUAUCCUUCCGUUUCCUAUCCCGCGAAUGCUGGCUUGCCCAAUGGGCAGUUCCCUACCUCCAAGUCGACGCCGUCGUUCCGAACAGCAUCUUAUCCAUCGGCAAAUGCUGCUACACCCGCCAUGGCUUGCUCUUCCAUGCCCUCCACCUCGACUGCUGACUCCACAUUGAGCCAACGGUUCCCCUCGAUGGAACUUCCUCAAUUCCCAGUUUCGGCAGAUUCCACGCCUGCCCUACCACAAGCACCUCAAUCGCAUUUCUCUGCUUCGGACUCUACGCCUUAUAACUGCGGAAUGCGACCAAGCCCAUCGAUGUGUCCCACGUCGCCGAAUGAGGUGACUUUGAUUACAUUCAUUUUAUCCGACUUCUAUCUGUAUUUUUCAACUUUUUUUCUCAUUUAAAC